GACAACAACCUCGUCGUGCUCGACCUCUCCAAGAACUUCACCAACCAGGACAGCUUCCCGUACUCGUCCAUCCACAAGGGGCCCGACGUGCCCAGCUCACUUAUUGAGCACGUGCUGUGGUUCUCGCCGGCCACGCGCAAGAUCUACCAGCUCGGCGGCUGGUUCUCUUUCAAUAAUGUCAACGAUCCUGGCUACAAGAACCUGACCCAGAUUCCGCUGGCUGCUGUCUGGGAGUUCGACAUCGACGCCCAGACGUGGUCCGAGGCCGAUGACCUCGCGCUGGUAGACACGGGCGCCAAGGUGCAGCGGCCGGGCGCCGCGGCGAGCUGCGACGUGCCCUCUCUCAACAGGAGCUUCAUCUUUGAGGGCUACGUGCAGCAGCGCUCGGACCAGGAAUACACAGGCUUCACGGCGUCAUCUGAGUUCAAGUUUCUCGAGGGGAUGCUGUCGCUCGACACGGGCGGCGACGUCGCCAAGCCCACGCUGACCAACAUCUCGGUGCCGCAGCAAAUGGACGGAGAGGAUCUUGGCCCGCGCAUGAAUGGCGCCAUGGUACACCUCGCGGUUGGCAAGUACGGCGUUCUCGUACAGAUCGGCGGGCAGACGGCCUCGAACCCGACCCCUUAUGGAAGGGCCAUUGCAAACGCCAACGCCGGGAACACCAAUAUCCCCCUGUCGUACGUCGACAUCUACGACAUCGAAAGCGGCUUCUGGUUCCGACAGCAGACGUUUGGGCUGGCAGACGGGAUCCCGAGUGGACGGUCCGACAUCUGCGCCGUGGCGGUGGCGGCCAAGGACAAGUCGUCGUUCAACAUCUACAUGGUGGCGGGCGUGGACACGUACGCGAGCUACAUCACGACCGAGGAGAUCUGGGUGUUGACGGUGCCGACCUUCCAGUGGACGCUGCUACACUCACGCCAGGACGGCAUCUACGGGCACACGUGCCACGCCGUCGGCGAGAACCUGCUGGUCGUCGGCGGUAUGAAGACCAAGCCCGAGGGCGGCGACGUGGCCACGUGUUCCGAGCACAUGCCGGCAGAAAUCUACUCGCUGGCGUUGCAGAACUAUACGGGCGUCUUCGAUGCCGACGGCGCCGCCCGCGCCGCGCCCGUGCCCAGCAAGGUCGUCGACGCCAUCGGCGGCACGCCCGACGGUGGCGCAUACAUCACCAGCCCGAAAGUCUGGAGCGACUUGUACCUGCAGUACGUCUUCAACCCGACGCUGCAACGUCCGGCCUACACGCCGACCUAUGUCCUCGCCAACGCCACGAACGGCACAUCGCCAACCCCAAGUCCAAGUCCCAGCGUCGGCAGCGAGUCGCCAGGGACCAGCAAGUCCGUGGUAAUAGGGGCGUCAGUCGGCGCGACGCUGGAAUUCCUGGGGCUCCUCGCCACGGCCACCGGUCUGUUUCUCCUAUUCCGCCGAAAGCGCAGCGGCGGCAGCAGCGAUGACGAAGCCAGGCGGCACCAAAGAGCCAUCAGCCACCACUCGGAGCUGCCGGGGUACAGCAGCUCCGAUGUCAAGUACGACGCCAUGGGCUCGACGAUGCAGCCGCUGUCCGUGCCGCAGAUGAACGGGCCGGCCGAGCUGGGUGCCGACUACCAGCAGCAGCAGCAGCAGCACGUCAUUCCAAGCCCAAUUCCCAGCACGGCGAGGCCGUACUCGAUCCCGAGCGACUUGGGUCUGGGCGGGAACGGGAGCGGCGGCGGCGUGUCGUUUGCGCUAACCGACUUUGGGUCGUUCAAUGGUGGCAGCGGCAGCAGCAGCCGUGAAAUGUCGCUCGGCCAGCCGUCGCCUCCCCUGCCGACGCCGACCCCGGGCGGCCACAUGGGAUACCCGCCGCCACAGUUCCAGAGGAGUGUCAGCCCGCAGAGCCCUUCCGACGGCCUGCUGCAGCGGACAUAUCAGGAUUUGAACCUCGGUCAUGGGAGCGGCGGGCUUGGCCAGGGUCAGGGGGGAGGGUGA